AUGGUCAAAGUCCUUGCAACAUUCGCAGCCCUCGCGCCUUUCCUGAGCACCGCUCUUGCCGACUCUUGGGGUCCGGCCUUCUCAUUGGGACCCACGUCCGGCGCCGUCAUUGGCACGUCGUACACUUUCACCUCGGGCACUCCUCCUAGCCCACCUGAGAACUACGUCUUCCUCUGGGUGGGUAUCAGCAAUGCCACGAGCGGUCUCAUCCAAGCUGGCACGAACCAAUAUGCCGACCAGAACGCAGCGUGCGGCGCGACGAACUCGCAGUGGUGCGCUGGCGCAAGCUACUUCGGCGUCGUCGACGGCCAGACGACUCAAGUUGACGGCCCUAUGGUUCCUGUGAACGGUGACACACCGGUGUACGUCGACUACUCGCUGAGCGGCAACACCUGGACUCAAACUGUUGAGGUCGGCGGUAAGGUCGUCUCGACCGUUACCUCCCAGGACGGCCCUCUCCUCAAUGGUGGCUGGGGAACCGGCACCGAGUGCCAGCAGAAUUGCUUCGGCACUGCGGCGACGCAGCAUUACUACGACAUCACGAUCUACCUGUCCGAGGCAGACCCCAACUUCAAGAACACCCUCGGCAAGGGGUCCGGUGUCGUCGCAAGUGACAUGGUUACUUCGGACGGUGGCAAGACGUGGACCAUCUCGUCGAUCACGCUGCCCAAGUACACAGCUUGA